AUGGAGUCAAAUGAUUUGAACGGAAGAAUGGCUUGUUGGCAAGUUUUGCUUUCGGAGUUCGACAUAGUCUAUAUGAACCAGAAUUCCAUAAAAGGAAGUCCAAUAGCAGAUUUUUUGGCCAGCAGGGCUCUAAAAGAUUAUGAGCCUUUGAGCUUUGAUUUCCCGAAUGAGGAUCUAAUGUAUGUUGCAACCACGGAAGAAGAGUCUCAAGAAGAUCAUCUUUGGAGACUGAAUUUUGAUGGAGCCUCAAAUGUUAUGGGUAACGGAAUCGGGGCAGUCUUGUUAUCCUCAAACAGAGAUCAUUAUCCUUUCACCAGUAAAUUGAAUUUUUAUUGCACAAAUAAUAUGGCUGAAUACGAAGUAUGCAUCAUGGGUAUCCGUGCAGCCAUCGAACACAAGAUCAAGGUAUUAGAUUUAUACGGGGAUUCCACAUUAGUGAUUUAUCAACUAGGGGGUGAAUGGGAGACAAGAGACCUCAAGUUGAUCAAUUACCGAAGGCUGGUUCUGGAGUUAAUCGAGGAGUUUGAUGAUAUCACUUUCUAUUACCUCCCAUGA